AUGAACAAAAGGAACCAGGUACCAGCAGCCGGACAAGAUCUGAAUCAAGUGGGUAAUGGCAGGAAGUCUCCCACAGAAAUGCAUAAAAAACAGUUACAAAGGCCAUUUCCCAUAGAAGACAUCUUAUUACAAUAA